GUUGGCGGCUCCUUGGCAUGACUGUCUCCCUGGUCCUUGCGGGUCCCUACAGUUCCCAUUCCCCACCCCCGGCCCCAGCCUUCUCCGGUUCGGGCAGGUCCCCGACUUACAUCUCCCCACCUUUAACCGCCCACCUGGUAUUCGUUCGCGCUCCUCUGCCCUCUGCCCUGCCCUGUUCUGCCAAGGGUCCCUUUCUCUGAGCCUCGGCCCCAUGGCGCUGCAGAGCUCGGGGGUGGCCUUCCGCAAGAUCCUGUCUCACUUCCCCGAGGAGUUGAGCCUGGCUUUCGCUUAUGGCUCCGGAGUGUACCGCCAGGCGGGGCCCAGUUCAAACCAGAAGAAUGCCAUGCUGGACUUUGUGUUCACAGUAGAUGAUCCUGUUGCAUGGCAUUCAAAGAAUCUGAAGAAAAACUGGAACCAUUACUCUUUCCUAAAAGUUUUGGGGCCCAAGUUUAUCACCGCUGUCCAGAAUAACUAUGGCGCUGGAGUUUACUACAACCCAUUGAUCAUGUGUGAUGGUAGGCUUAUCAAGUAUGGGGUUGUUAGCACUAGUGUUUUGAUUGAAGAUCUCCUCAACUGGAAUAACUUAUACAUUGCUGGAAGACUCCAAAAACCGGUAAAAAUUGUAGCAAUGAAUGAGAAUGUCGCUCUUAGAUCAGCCCUCGAUAAAAAUCUGAAGAGUGCUGUGACCGCUGCUUUCCUCAUGCUCCCCGAAAGCUUUUCUGAAGAAGACCUCUUUAUAGAGAUUGCUGGACUCUCCUAUUCAGGUGACUUUCGGAUGGUGGUUGGAGAGGAUAAGACAAAAGUGUUGAAUAUUGUAAAGCCCAACAUAGCCCACUUUCGUGAGCUCUAUGACAACAUACUACAGGAGAAUCCCCAAGUGGUGUAUAAAAUCCAGCAAGGCAGACUGGAGAUAGAUAAAAGCCCAGAAGGACAAUUCACUCAGCUGAUGACAUUGCCCAAAACCUUACAGCAACAAAUAAACCAUAUUAUGGACCCUCCUGGGAAAAACAGAGAUGUGGAAGAAACUCUAUUACAAGUUGCUCAUGACCCUGACUGUGGAGAUGUGGUGCGACUAGGGCUUUCAGCAAUCGUGAGACCUUCUAGUAUGAGACAGAGCACCAAAGGCAUUUUCACUGCUGCAUUUGGCUCAGGGCUGGACACAGCCAAGGACGUCCAAGAAGAUGCUUCCUCAGACUCCUGAGUUAAGUCUCUUUUGGGAACUCCUGGAAAAGACCCUUUCUCUCCCUCUGGAUGUUGUGGUGAGAGUAUGUGACCUGGAUCUGCGAUUGCCAUUUUGCUACCACAAAAGCAGAGCACAGGGCCUGCAGAUAAUCAGGUCCCUCCUAUGACAGGUAGGUCCUUGGGAGCAAGCCCUGUCUGAGAUAGUUCCCUCUGGUUGCUUCCGUCCCAUGAGUAACUCAAUUCUUAUGGAUGAAAAAGAGUCUUGACCUACACAACUGGUAUCUUAACCUGUACAUCUGGUGAGUUGAGACUGAAUUGGGCUUUAGUUUAUUGACGUGAAAACUCUUCAAUAGAGUUCACUGAAUUAGGAUGUGUAUCUAAGCCACAAUCAGAAUGUCUGCCACAAUCAGUCGGUAUUUUCAGAGGGUUAGAACAUGAGUCUAAGAGGGUCCAAAGCCUAAAGUGGGCUUGAUCCCUCAGUAUCUGUUUCAGGACCCCCUGCGGAUACCACAAUCCAUAGAUGCUCAAGUCCUUUAUAUAAAAUGGAGUAGAUCAAUGCAUACAGUUGGCUCUCUCACAUCAGGAGACUCCCAAUUGCAGAUCAAAUAUAGUGCAGGUGUUUAUUGAAAAAAAUCCAUUUAAAAGUGGACCUGUUCAGUUCAAACCCAUGUUGCUCAAGGAUCAACUGUAGAUGUUUUACAACUGUCUCAAUAUAGAGAAACCUUUUUAGAAAUAGACACUCCAUGAAACCUUCUGUUCACAUGGGCACACACCGAUGCUAAGUUUUUCCAGCAUUCAAUAGGCCACAGUAGUCUUCAUAACCACAGUCAGUUCUUGCCAACUUUAGAAAGCAACAUGGGAACAAGCAGAUACAACAGAUCUCAAGGUACUAUGGACAUGAAUGAACACUCCCUUGUGCUUCAUAUCUGGUCUGUGUAUAUCUGUUUUGGAUUUAACAUUGUGUUUGUGUAUUUAUGCUUUAAUUCCUAGUAACUUCUAACAUUAUGGACUUGAUUUGCACUGAGCACAACUGUAAGUAAAAAGGAAUAAAUUACUUGAAGAGAAAAAAAUACUUGCCAGCAGAUCCUGACCAACUGUAGCAACAAUGGACUGGCUUCCCUAUGUCUCACCUGUAUAGGUUGGAGUUGUACAGAAUUCAGGGGCUCUCCUGGGGAUCCUAAUCAUUGUAAAACAAAGGAAACAGGCUUUAGUGGCCAACCCAAGGUAUAUGAAUAUAGGCUUCCCCUAGCCCCUGGCAACCACCAUCCUAUUUGCUGCCUCUAUCAAUUUUAAUACUCCAAGUAGCUCGUAUAAGUGAAACCAGAAUUUGUCUUUUGUGACUGACUUAUUUCACUUAGCAUAAUGUCCUCAA